UCUCUUCAUCUUCAAGGCGUGCAAAUUGGCUUUCAUUACUCUCUUCCUCCCUUUCGCUAUAUUUCUCUCUCUUUCUCUUCAGACAAAGCACCAGUUACCCUGUUCAUGUUUCUUUUCUUUCAUUUCCAAUACGAAAGAAAAUUUAGACAGAGAAAAGGGAAAGAGAUCUUUGUUUAGAAACAGUGACUCGUUGCUUGUAGCAAAAACCUUCUCUUUCUUCUCUCUAUUUUUGCAGCUUUUGAGCCCUUGUUCACAGACAAAAAAAAACUUCUCGUUUGGUAGUCUCUUUGCUUAUCGUUUUGUUUGCCCAUUAUAUCUUUUGCUAGACACAUUUUCCAAAACAAGUAGCCAUGUACAGAUUGGAGAAAACACUGAGAGAAGAAAGAUACAGGCACGAGAGAGAUAACCCAUCUUUCUCUUCUACCCUACUUGACAAAAUCUACCGGUCCAUCGACGACGGUGAAGCGAAUCAUGAAGACCUGAAAUUCUACAGGGAAACAAUGCAAAAGAAACAAAGCAAAGGGAACAUGAAAAGCAGCAGAAGUAGAGGAGGAGGAGGAGGAGGAGGAGGAGAAGAGAUGUCGAGUUUCCAACGAGCUUGUCUGAUCGAGAAAUGGAUGGAAAAGAAGGUUAGUGAAAAGGCAAAUGCAGAAAGGAAACAGGUUUUCUCUGAGUUUGAAAGAAAAUCACAUCAUGAACAUGAUCAUGAUCAUGAUGUUCUCUUCUUUAGCUCCACUUCAAGCUCAUCUGAUUCCAGUUCUGGUGGUUUCUCAUCAUCUGAUACUGAAUCUAUGUAUGGUACAAGGACGAUAGCUUCAUGUUUUGUGCCACCAAGGCCUAAACCUGUUAGGACCAGCGUGUCGGCUAGGUCGGACAAACCGCUGAAAGCAGAGAAAACAGGAAGAUCAGAGAGGGCUCUGUUUUAUGAACAGAGGGAGUUGCAUAUGUUUGAUGAUUAUCAUUACAACUCUGCCUCUGACCACACACCAAAGCUUGAUGAAAGUCUUUUCAAGUCAAAAUCAAGAGCCAUGAAAAUUUAUGGCAAUUUAAAGAAGGUGAAACAACCCAUUUCACCUGGUGGCCGUCUCGCGAGUUUCAUCAAUUCUCUGUUCACAACAGGUAAUACAAAGAAAACCAAGAGUUCAUCUUCAAUUGUAAGCUGUGAUGAUGAAAGAAAAUUGAAGUCAGGGCAGGUCUCAACGUGUUCUUCAGCUUCCUCAUUUUCAAGGUCAUGUCUAAGCAAAAACUCGCCUUCUACGCGAGAAAGGUUGCGUAAUGGAGUUAAGAGAACAGUUAGAUUCUGCCCGGUGAGUGUAAUUGUUGAUGAAGACUGUCGACCAUGUGGGCAAAAAUGCUUAUAUGAAGAAGAAGACUCGAGUUUACUGUCGGUUUCAGUUCCAACUGCAUGGAAAAUCGGGAAAACGUCAUCAAGAAAGUGCGAAGAAGAGCUAAAGUUGCAAAUAAUGGAGAAGACAAGGCGAGUGGAAGAAAUGGCUAGAGAGUUUUUGAAGGAAUAUCAUCUAAAUCAGAAGAAGAAUGAUUAUAUUCCAAGGGACAGUCGUAGUAAUUAUGUGGACGAGAUGGAUGAAGACGAAGACGAUGCAGCUAGCUAUUCAAGUUCGGAUUUGUUUGAGCUGGAUCACCUUGUUCUCAUUGGCAAUGAUAGGUACCGAGAAGAGCUUCCAGUGUAUGAAACUACUCAUGUUGAAACAAAUCGAGCCAUUGCUAAUGGCUUGAUAGUGUAGUUAAUUUUCACAAGAUAUACAGAACCAAAAUUUUCAGCUUAAGUUUUUCUCUUUUGGGUUAUUUUCAUUCUAGUUUUUUUCGUUUAUUCUAGUUUUGACAAGGUUUAUGCAUUCUUUAUGGCCAAUUUGGUGUAAAUAUCAAAGGGACUUUGCCUCCA